AUCCAUUAUCUUCCAAGAAAGGAGAAACCCACCAUUUUUAGCCUGCACCCAAUGCUAGAAUAUCAUCGAUCUCGAAUCUUUGAUGCGUAAUCAGCGGUCGGUCACUUUUUUCCCUUCUACAGAUUUUGAGUUGUUCACGUGUUUGCCGAUUUGUAAGACGCAAAACCCCGUUCCUCCAUUGCUUUUGGCGGCUUCUUACAGUUGGCAUCUCUUAUUGGGCUUUCUCGGUUAAACCCUGAAGAAUCCCCUCCCUCUCUUUCUCCAGAUCUUCUCUCUGGAUUCAUCAAGCUCAGCUUAAUUCAACAACAAGACUAUACUUGGAUUGCCGAACGUGUUUCGUUUAUGCUUGUGAAUGUGCAGAAUCGAAGUUCGUCCAUGGGUCAGUGAUACUCUGCUAGCGUAUAAUUCCGUUCACAUUGCAGAUAUUUUUGUAGACUGAGGAAAUUCGAGCUGGGUGUUCAUGAAUCCCCAAAUUUUGGAACAAAGUUUCAAGAUUGGAAGGCACCUUAGAACAUUUUGGCUUUGUGCAAGAGAUACACAGUGAAUUGGGUGUCUGUCGAUUCCAGGGAUUUUGUUUUGCGAGCUUGAUCUGCUGCUGCUGCAACCAUGGCGAUCGAUCCCGGCUCCAUCUUUAGCAAAUUGGGAGCAUUCACAUCCGACCACGAAUCAGUUGUGUCGAUGAACCUCUUUGUUGCGCUCCUUUGUGCUUGUAUAGUGAUUGGUCACCUGUUGGAGGAAACUCGAUGGAUGAACGAGUCAAUCACGGCCCUUGCGAUUGGUCUUUGCACUGGAGUUGUUAUUCUGCUUACUACUCGAGGAAAGAGUUCCCGUCUAUUGGUAUUCAGUGAAGAUCUUUUCUUUAUCUAUCUUCUUCCACCCAUCAUAUUUAAUGCCGGGUUCCAGGUGAAGAAGAAGCAGUUUUUCCGCAAUUUUAUGACAAUCAUACUCUUCGGUGCAGUUGGAACUCUGAUAUCCUUUGGCAUCAUUUCCUUAGGUGCCAAAUACGUUUUUGAGGGAUUGAACUUACGUCAACUGGAUAUAGGAGAUUAUCUUGCAAUUGGAGCAAUAUUCUCUGCUACAGAUUCUGUGUGUACCUUGCAGGUCCUUAAUCAGGAUGAAACUCCCCUGUUAUAUAGUCUCGUGUUCGGAGAAGGCGUUGUAAACGAUGCUACGUCAGUGGUUCUUUUCAAUGCAAUUCAAAGUUUUGAUCUUUCCCACAUCGACUCAAGCAUCGCAUUGAAGUUUGUUGGCAACUUUUUGUACUUAUUUAUCCUGAGUACGUUGCUGGGAGUUUUGACUGGAUUGCUUAGUGCUUAUAUCAUCAGAAAGCUCUACUUUGGCAGGCACUCGACUGACCGGGAAGUUGCUCUCAUGAUUCUCAUGGCAUAUAUGUCGUAUAUGCUGGCUGAACUCUUUUACUUAAGUGGCAUCCUCACCGUAUUCUUUUGCGGAAUCGUCAUGUCACACUACACAUGGCAUAAUGUCACUGAAAGUUCAAGGGUGACCACCAAGCACGCUUUUGCAACUUUGUCAUUUGUUGCUGAGGUUUUUAUAUUCCUUUAUGUUGGCAUGGAUGCCUUGGACAUCGAGAGAUGGAGCAUUGUCAGCAAUAGUCCCAAAAAAUCAGUCCAGUUUAGCUCCAUAUUGUUGGGACUGGUUCUGAUCGGAAGAGCAGCCUUUGUUUUCCCCCUGUCAAUUUUAUCCAACUUGACUAAGAAAAAUACUCAUGAGAAACUUAAGUUCAAGCAACAGCUUGUAAUAUGGUGGGCUGGUCUUAUGCGCGGUGCUGUGUCCAUGGCUCUUGCUUACAAUAAGUUCGCUCUGUUCGAGACAAAAGAUAGGAAGAAUGCGUUUAUGAUCACCAGUACUAUCACGGUCGUUCUAUUCAGCACGGUGGUUUUUGGGCUGAUGACCAAACCUCUUAUCCGGCUCUUGCUUCCUUCGCCCAAGCACUUAGUCCGCAUGGCUUCCUCCGAGCCAACUAGCCCCAAAUCCUUCAUUGUGCCGCUCCUCGACAAUGGCCAGGGCACAGAGAGUAACCAGAGCAACCAAAACGUCCCCCGGCCGUCGAGCUUACGCAUGCUUCUGACGACCCCUACUAACACUGUACACUACUACUGGCGGAAGUUCGACGAUGCCUUCAUGCGACCUGUGUUCGGAGGGCGAGGUUUCGUGCCCUUUGUCCCCGGAUCACCGACAGAUCGCAGUAAUCAUUAAUGGCUGUAAGGCCAGAUUGAUGGAACAGCUUGUUUCUGAUGUAAAUCGGGUCGGCAAGCCGGAGAUUUUAAGCGCCUAACUCAGAAUUGUGAUCUCGGAGGGGGUUCCCUGAAAAUUUUGUGUCUGAUAUGGUGGUGAAGUGAGUGAGUACUUUGUAGUUCAAGCAUUUGUAGCUAUAUGCUUGUGAAAACCUUGUGAGAAGGUUUCAUGCAUACUUAUAUAUACUGUUACUGGUUUCUGCCUGUAAAUUUUCUGGUUCGAGGGCCAUUCUAGUCAUAACGAAGUUUCAUAAACAAAUGUCCCUGAAUUGUUAUUAUUUAUGUUUUCUUUAUUAUUAACAAAAAUUAACGUAGUAUCGUUAUUAUUA